AUGGAACACCAAUAUGGAUUAUUAAUAAUUUUAAUAUUAUCUGGUCUAACUCAAAUAUACCUCGUUCACAAUUCAACUUCUGAUGCUAACUAUUAUUUACACACAUUUGUAAAAGAUAUUUUUAAGUAUAUUGAUAAAUAUUUGCCAUUUAUCAAAAAGUAUUACUCACCUAAAAUUUUAGCUAUAAUAGACUCAGAAGAUGUUGAAAAUUUAAGUGAUAAGGAAAAAUACUAUGGAUUGUCUAAAAGAGUUAGAGAUCCUCGUCCCCCUUUCAUAAAAUUUCGAGUGGGGCAAGUUGUAGCAACAAAAAAAUACAAUAUACGAGGUGUUGUUGUUGGAUGGGAUGAAAAAGCAUCAGCUCCAAUUAAAUGGUUAAAAGAUCAUGAUCCUGAAGGUCAUCAUAAAAAUGAUAAAAUACCAUUUUAUGCAGUAUUAAUAACUACUAGAGAUGUUGUUUUACCAUCAUUAAUGUAUGUUGCAGAGGUUGAAUUAGAAGAAUCAAGUGGAAGAAUAUUUCAUCCAUCACUUUCAAGAUACUUAGGAGCAUUUGAUGGUUACUCUCGUUAUAAGUUAAAAAAUGAACUUGCAACAAUAUAUCCAAAUGAUGAGAAAGUAUAA